UCUUUUGACUUAAGAGUGUGAUUGCGUGUGUGUGUAUGCGUGCAAGGGUUUGUGUGCAUACGCAUGUUUGUGAGUAUCCGUGACUUACUCACUUUAACAUGCCAAAGCUGACAGUUUGCGUAAGAGGCAGCUGCUGCAUGUGCAGGCCAGCGGUGAGGACAGCUGACCUAGGGGAGGACGACACACACUCCUUCAUAUCUCUGUCUCUCUCUCUCAGAAGUGAACUCUGUGCUCUGUGAGGGGAAGUCAGAAUGUGUACGUCACAUUUUGGCCUGCUAUGUGUUUUGUCCUCUCAAGAGAAUGACUACAGUAUCUGCAGGGCUUUUUGCUCACAUCUCCCCACACCCUUUCCGGAGCCUGACUGUCAUCAUAUGAAUGCCUUUGUGUAUUUGUGUGUGUCGGUGUCCAUGCACGUGUGAGUGCAGCUCAGCUAAACUCCUGUACUCCUGUUCCCAGUCUUACGCCAUACUCCAUGGUCCAUAUGCUCCAUCAUUCUGGGAAUCAUUGCCUUUUUUUCUGCUGAUAUGAGGCCUGUUUUUCCAUUACAUUUAGACAGAAACUCUUGGAAUGGUUAAGCUUAAUCUUGGGCUGAGAAAACAGAUCAUUGGUUAAUGUGGAACCACUCUUUGUUGUAUGAGUACUGUUUGGAUGUCUGCAGAUACUUAAAAAGUAGGGAUGCAUAGUUGUAUCAGAAUCAUAUCGGUAUAGGGAGAUGUAAUGUAUUCUGGAAGAGCAGGAUCUUUAGGUGACACUAUGCUAAUGUGCAAAAAUGUCUGCAUUUGUAGCUCUACAUAAAUAAAUGCUAUAUUUCUCUGCAAUGCUAAUUCAGGUGGGUUUAGCCCCUAGUUCUACAUUUUAUAAAUCUUUGUGUAUCGGCAUCAGAAAAUAUACAUGAAAAAUAUUGGAUAUAGGCAUUGGCCCAUAAUUCCCAUAUCGGUGUCUUAAUUUUUCUAAAAUUACAUUUUACAAAUCAUAGGUCUACAAAUAAAAUUAAAUUCAGAUUUACAAGGUCUUAAAUUUUAAAGAUAUGGACAGUUGUUGUUUUACAGGCUUACCUGCUGUUGAGCUAGCCUGCUCAGAGACAUGGAGAUAUCAGUGUUACUUUGAAGAGUGGUUUUAUAAUUGGUAUGUCAUCACUGCAGAUUUGGUCUUAAAUUAUAUCUAAAGUGGAAUAAAUAAGAGUUGUUAAUGUAUUAAGUUAUCUUGAAGAUGCUUGCAGACACUUUGUUAAAUACAGUACACCAGGACAACAUUUUCUGCAUUCUAUACAGUAUUUUCAACAUGCUCCAGAUGCUUUGUAAGUAGGUGUAUACAUAUGUUGGACUGAAACUAAUUGAAUUCCUUACAAUUAAAAUGGAUAGUGCAUAAUAAGUUCAACUGAUACUGAUUUGUUUAAUAGGUUUAAUUGUUAUUGCUGGUAAUGUUCCAUCAUACUGGUUUCAAUCUCUUUGGUAUAUGUGUGUGCACAGUGUGCUUUCAUUAUGUUUUUUUGUGAUGUUUGCACAGAUUCUUAAGAGUUUCUUUAGAAGGUGUGUUCACUGGGGCCAACUUCAAAGCUGCCCUUCUCAAAUACAGGCAGGCUAGUUUUGUCUGGUUGAACAGCAGUCUUUGAUGCGCAAGAAAAUCUGGCUUCAUGAGACGACACAAAGGCCAAAGAUCUGGGGUCAUGCACUCCAUUUCAACCUUUUUAGAGUAAAUGAACAGAUCUAAGAUAAGCUUUUGCCUUUUAUAUUUUAAUGUGGAGGUUUCCAGAUGUUUUUACCUCGUGACCUCAAGCUAAAGCCAAGCAAAUUAAAUAAGACUUUGUACUGACUUUGCCUAGUUAACCAAUUACAGCCAGAGAAAUUACUGAUCUAUGCUUAAACCCAAAACAAAUCAUUGAGCUACGUUUUCAUUUCACUAUUAAUAAUUGUGCAUUGACAACUGCUGAGCAUGUGAUCAGUCUUAUAACUGAAAUGGGAUAUUAGCCUUCGUUCUGUGGCGUCCAGGGCAGUCAUUCUAAAAUGGCAAAUGGCGUUUCCCAGGAUCAAGGCUGCUGAGCCUCUGCUGCACGUGACUGUGUAAUGUGGUGAACUCAGGACCUCCAAGUAAUGGUCAGUCCUAUUGAUUUAGCUGUAAAUGAUAAUGGAACGUGUUACUUACUGCACCUUUAUAAUGCUACAACGGAAAAUCCUUUUGGCAAAAUAUCUACUCAUGAGGUCAGACCUGCAUUAGUGACGAAGGCCUCUGGAGGAGCUAAGUAAUAAACUUGACGAGUGAGUGUUCUGGAAUGUGUGGUUCUAGAAUUUUUUACUGUGGUUCUAGAAUGUAUUAGACAACUAUUGUUCCAUAAUAUAUGAACUCAUUGGGUGUGUCUCAAAACCUAGUGAGCUCUCUACAUAGACAGUAUUUUACACCACGAUAUGCACGCUCCCAACAAGAAGCCUUUCCCAAUUCUUAGAUAUCUCAAAUAUGCUGCCUACUGAGGUACUUCAUUUUGGCCAAAUAUCAAGAGAGCAUCGGAUGUUUCCUCAGCCGCUGAGGCAAUCCCACGAUGCAGCGCCGCGCAACUUUUGUUUGGAGAUGGCGGGCUUCACCAAGCAGCGACGUCAUCUUCAAAUGUAAGUUAUUCUGAUUUUCUGGGGUAUUUAUCUGUUUUCUAGUCAUAAAGGUGCACAAAUAGCCUAUACUUUCCGCCUUUGACCACAACUAUUGUCUAUUUUGCUGUUUCAUUCAGAGCAAAUAAAAUUAAAAUCGCUAUAUUAACCGCCAGAGCAGAUCCAUGUUGGCUAAAUGUGAUUUUGACGGCUGAGGUAAGUAAACGCCGGUCUCGUGCAGUGGGCGGGAACAAGCGGCAACGUCACUGCUGUCUAACUAGAGCGUCUCAUUUAUCUAUCUUAUAAGGGUAGAUGACGGUUGGAACGCUGCCUACUUAGACAGCUGCCUAUGUAGACAGCGGCUACUUAGAGUUUGUCAAAGGGUCAAAUGUGAUGUUCUAAACACACCAGUGUGCCAAUACUCAUCAGGGAAUUAAGAGCUUUGUUCAAGGGCACAAUAGCAUUAACAGUGUAUUAUUAGCUGGACUAGUUACCACACCUUCAUGGUUUUUAGCCAAGUUCCCUGACCACCCUGACCACUGCUCUGCCACCACCCUUUAUUCUUUACUUUUUCUAUAAAGGAACAUGCUAACAGUAAGUGGGCUCUGUUAGUUUGAUCUCACUUCUAUGAUGAUUCUAAUUUGUCUCAAUUAACUUUCAUCAGCAGUAUUUCUGUGAAGCAGUUGUGUUUUUUCCUUUGAGUAAUGGCUUGAAAUUUGUCCUGCAAACAGACCUUUUUUCCCAGUUAGAAUAUAAAUGACUGCUCUUAGACUAGUGGCCUCCUGUGCAUACAGUGGUUAUUUUAUAGCUCCGGCUUGCGUUACCAUUUGUGUAUCAUGUGCUUAGUGUGUAGCAAAACCACAGCCUGCAGAUACGUUCUCUGUCUCUGAUUUUGCUAAAUAAAUAUUUGCUUUUCAUACCCCAUGGCCUGUAGCUGAGUGCUGCUCUGCACUGUUUAAAAUGAUGACUAGACAUCUGAUCAGAUGAGCCAGUGGCCCGUCUGUCUGUUUAUGAUGGUGGAAAACUUUCUGUUUGAUGGUAAACACAUCUUCCUGUUUUAUGCACUGUUUGAGCUGUUUGAAAAGUGGAUCUCAGUGUUGGCGUUCAGUGGUGGAAAAAUUGAGGGGGCUCUACAGCCACAUCACUGCACGCAGGGGCUGUUAGACGGGAGAUGGAGGUUCAGCCAAGGACUCUGGUGUUGUUUUUUAAAGUCUGGAUCAAUAUAGACCUGUUGGCUUUAGCCACGUGAAAGAUAUUCAAGUCUCUACCAAAGCUCAAACAAGUAAAUAAAUGUAAUAACAAAGUUUUGAUUGGCAAAACAAAUUUGUUGAGUCACUGUUCUUGCUCCUAUGAAAGGAAAUUAGAUCCUUCGUUAUGAGGCUGCACCAGCACUAGAUAUAAAAGGGCAGACAGACCUCCUUAAUCAAUGGUUUUGACCUUUAAAACACAAGUGCAGAGACAAAAAAAUUCCCAAAGGAAUGUAUUAGAAACAUAAUAAAUCUAUGUGAAAGAACUUACAAAUGUAAUAACGCAGUGUGUGUGAAUAUGACUGUAGCUGUAAUAAAACUCUUGACACUUUGCCCUCAGAUCUUGACCUAUCAGGCUGAAGCCGUAGAUAAAAUGGCCUGAUACAUUAAAGAAAUGCAAUGUAAAUUGGUUUGAGAUCGAAGUACCUCGCAUGUACUGUUAAUACUACACUCUUUAUUGACUGGAUAUGAAUGGGAUAAUUUAGCUAGCUAACAGCAAGCUUAGCAAAAAUAGUUCUCUGGGAGGAAAAUAGCUCUCACAGCUGUUUUUUCUGCUACGAGAGAGAAGGAAGCUUUGGCGCUCCAAGAGGUCAGAGGUGCAGAAGGUCAGACGUCUGUUAGGUGGAGACAAGGCAAGUCAUCCUGCUUGAGGAUGUUCCUCCCACUUCCUUUAUAAUAUCCAGUUGCGAUCCUGGAAUAACUCUACAUUGCAAAUUUCAGUGUCUUACUGUUUUAACACACCCGUUUUAACCGAUUGAAGGAUUUAGGAAUGAGCUGAUGAUUUGAGUCAGGUGUGCUAGAGCAGGAAACACUGAAAUGUGUCAUGCAGGACGAUUAGGGCACUGAUUCAUGCUCAUAAGGUGUUGGCCUUUUGCAUUGAUCUGAGGUCUGUUUUCAUUUUGCUUUGUAGUGUUUAUGUAUCAGGGACAAUGCCUAUUAAUCAAAUUGAAAUGCGGCAGUGUUAUCCAGGUCGCUAAUUUUAAGCUAUACUCCCUGAGGCCUGAUGUAAGCCAUUUUUUGAUUAGGAGUUUCGGUAAGGAAACCGGUCAUAUAUCAUUGUUUUUUACCUUCAUUGUUGGUAAACUCUCAUUCUUGGUAAAUAAUUUUAGUAGUUUAGUACAGAAUACUAAUUUUAGGCCAGUCUGGAUUAGCAGCACUGUCAAACUAAUUGAGGAAAUCUCCAUCUCUGUCAUAUUGCUGUGUGCCUGUUCACAACAACACGAGAGCCUUCACACAAUGAAUGAAAGAGUGCAGCUCACUAAACAAAGCCCUCACUGAAGUGUGAAUUCUGCACUCUUCCAGUUCCUCAUGAGUACGUCAUUCACUCAGUACCAGCGAGACGACUUGGCUGCUUACUGACUCAUUUAGCAAUUACUGCCUUAUGUAAUAGCAGUAUAAUCCUAACUGUGCUCUCAGGCUGAGAAAGUCUGUGAUGUGGGGUCUAACGUUUUAAAGACUAAAAACAGGUAAAAGGGGAACGUUUAUUGUACUAAGUUUAGAGGUGGCUCCUGGAUUAUGGAGACAUUUUUUAGUUCUCAAAUGUAGUUAGUUUGUAUUUUUUAAUUCACAAGAGAUAUAUUUAAGGCCAAAGUGCAGCAGUUAACUAAGCUCAUCUCUUAGGUUACACUGAGGCUUCAUUUAGACAAUGAGGAAAAUCAAAUAUUUUUCGAUUCAGAUCUAUGCUACAUUUGUUUACCUCUGAAUCACAGGCUAAUAACUAAAUCCACAGAUGACUAAACUCAGUCAUGGAAAAAAAAGCAAAUCUGAUCUAAGCACCACAGCGCACUGUCCAAACGUGGCCCGAUUUUGUUUAUGGAGGUUAUGAUCUGUUCUGGGAGAAGAUAUUUUUGUAAUUCUCCAAUGCCCACAUCCACUCUGUAGUACUGGAUCAGCGGAUGGCUGUUUCCUCUUUGACGGCACUAACCCAACAGUCUGUGUACACAAACACUGUGCUUCAAAAGGUGGUUAAAUGAUGAGGUAAUGGAUGUGGAUCCGGAUAUGAGGAGAACAAAUCUUGUUUGUCUAAAUGUAGCAUUGAUGUGGGGUUAAAGUAGUGUAGUACACACUGUACAGCAAGAGGAGGUAUUGAUACUAUGUGUGUGUGUGUGUGUGUGUGUGUGUGUGUGUGUGUGUGAGAGAGGGAGAGAGAGAGAGAGAGAUGUUAUAGAGAACUGCUAUCCUGGCAUUGGACCGGCUCUUUGGCCAUUUGUAUUGAUUUUUGAUUAGGAAUUUCAGUUCACUUCCAUAAUAUAUUUGUAUUGAUACAAAUAUAGUAAACUUAUGCAUAAAUAAGUAACACUCAUUUAAUCUUGAAAUCGGAGUCACAUAAUUGUCAUUGAGGAACUACGGUUCUACUACAGUCUCACAGUCACCCUCAUCAUCAUCAGUCACGUAUGGGCAGCAGAUGUGGGUAUGAGCAUGUAUUGUGGGUAUGAGCACUGAAAAUACUCUAAUGCUCAUCUCUAAUUUAUCAGACUUUUUACAGGCUGCGUUUGGACAGACUGUCAAAUCUGACAUUGUCCCACACAUCUGAUGUGUGUUUUUUAUUUUUUCCUGUGAAACAUUUCUUUAGAGUCAAACGUUUCGCUCAAGCUUUUUGGUUCCAAUUAGGUCCACAUGCAUUAUUUGACACGCCAUUUCAGGAAAUGAUCAUGAGCUGAUGGCAAGAUGCAGUAAAGAAGAAAACAGUAAAUCUAAUUUUAUCUGGACACAGUGGGUUUUGGUUUUCAAGUGUUUCCAAUAAUAAUUCCUUCCCACAAGGAUUAAUAAUAUAUCAAGGAGUGUAAGAAAGCUGACCUGAGAUUUUCUCUUACAAAUGUGGAUAUGUUUUAUAUGGAUAGAAGAGCUGAACCCCAAACCAAAGCAUUCUCAUUCCGUGAUUGUUAAUGGAUGGACGGAGAGAAAAGGUGAAUAGUAUCUCGUACACUCUGUGGCUCAGGUCUGCAGUGUGUCUUCGACAAUUCAGGAUCGGGCAGCUGUAUAUGAUCAGUAAACACAGCCAUGAGCAGAGUGACCGAGGGGAGGGUGUGGAGGUGGUGCAGAACGAACCCUUCAAUGAUCCCACACAUGGCCAAGGCCAGUUCACCGAGAAACGUGUCUACCUCAAUAGCAAACUGCCCAGUUGGGCAAGAGCAGUGGUGCCCAGAAUCUUCUAUGUGACAGAGAAGGCAUGGAACUAUUACCCUUACACUAUUACAGAAUACACAUGUUCGUUUUUGCCAAAGUUCUCCAUCCACAUAGAAACCAAGUAUGAAGACAAUAAAGGAUGCAAUGACAAUAUCUUUGAUAAUGAGCUGAAGGACCAGGAGAGAGAAGUGUGUUUCAUAGACAUUGCAUACGAUGAGAUUCCAGAGCGCUAUUACAAGGAGUCAGAGGACCUGCGCUAUUUUAAAUCGGAGAAGACGUCUCGCGGCAUGCUGCAGGAAGGCUGGCGGGACACGCAGAACCCCAUCAUGUGCUCCUACAAACUUGUCACUGUCAAGUUUGAGGUGUGGGGCCUCCAGACACGCGUCGAGCAGUUUGUGCACAAGGUGGUGAGAGACGUACUGUUGCUGGGCCAUAGACAGGCCUUUGCCUGGGUGGAUGAAUGGAUAGACAUGACAAUGGAUGAGGUAAGAGAGUUUGAGCGUACGAUCCAAGAGGCCACCAAUCAGAAGAUCGGAAUGUUCCCUCCGUCCAUUUCCAUCGGUGAGACGCCAGUCUCAUCUCUGGCUCCUAACGGUCCAGCAAGCGCCCCAUCCACCCCACUGUACACCGACGCCCCAGAGUUCCUCUCCGUCCCCAAAGAUCGUCCUCGCAAGAAAUCUGCCCCAGAAACCCUCACUCUGCCUGAACCUGUCCAAUCAGAGUCUGCUCCUGCCUCUGGUUCAGCCGCUAACCACGCCUCCCUCAGCCCUGCACCCACUCAGAGUGAUUUGGUUUGAGGCCCGCCUCCUCCUGACUUUCUUCCUUCAUUAUGGAUCAUCUAAACACAAUUCAUCCGCCGUCCUCGUUUCACUUGUUCCUGUUAUAAAUGCUAUUUCUGAAAGACUCCAGUUCCUAGAGGUCAUAGCCUAGCAGGUUUGGCCUCUGAUCCCGUAAAUGGGCUUCCUGCCUUGAGUUGACAGUUUAUAUUUUUUCAGCCUCAAAAGCAUCAGUAGUGUUAAAUCAUAGAAAAAAAUUUUGGUCAUUUUUGCCAUGUUUAAAAAAAUCAUGAAGACUGCUUGUGAAGGCUAGACAGAGUACCUGUUUAUUCUUUUCCAAUCAUUUUAUCAUGAAAUCAUUCCAAUCGAUUAGGUGACUAUCCACAUGUGGCCUAAAUAUGGUUGCCUUAGCAACUGCAAAGCAGAUAUCCCCUGAGCAGAGCCUAGGAUUAAGGUGAAAUGUCAUUUUCAAGAAUGUCUCCUCACAACAUGUAGGCACAUAAAUAACAACUUGUUAAAAUUCAAAUAGAACUCAUUUCAUAUUCACUGACGUUUUCUCUUUUUUACCCUUUGUAAUAUCUGUUCACUCACAGCUGCACACAUGCAACAUCAAACCAAUCAGAAUGCUUCUCAGGUCUUCAUAGGUCCCAGCCUUUCAAAAAUUAUGGCAGGAAAUAAGUAACACUCUUGCUCAGAUUUUUUUAGAUCUACAGCAACCCAGGUUUCCAGGGUUACCUGACCUGUGGCCCACAGACUAGAUUUGUCUGUCACGUUUUAUUUAGGCAUGCUCCAAUCCAGUUUUUUCUCUGAUCUCUGAAUUCAGGGUAUCAGCUGAUAUGGAGUACUACUAUGAUACCAAUGUUCUGUUAAGCCACUCAUGUUUCAUAGUAGCAUAAACAUUAACAUACAGUAGAGGUUAAUGUAAUGUAGCGGACAUGGUCAAACACCAACAUUCUCUUUAGGAUUGUGCAAUUUUGUUUCAUUAUUUUAGAAGAUUCAUAAAAACAAAUUGCACUGUUACAGCCAUGGCUGAGACUAAUAGUGUUGAAUGUGGCUUGGUCAUGUAUGACUGAUAUCCAGUCCGUUUAAUAAGGUCAAUAUCAGUGCCGAUACUGAUAUGACUCAAUGACUAAUAUGAUCUUUCCCUGUCCUAACCAGAUAAGAUGUACUUUAGCAGCCAGUCCACAAAUCUAAAUUUAUUGUCGUCUACAUUCUGUAGCCUUUGGCUAACACAGUUAUUCUGCCGGGCAAAAUGAUGAAAGCACCUCUGCCUGUUGCAGCCUAUUUUAGUACAGCCGAGAAUAAAAUGGUCACUUUCACAAAUUCAACAAAUUUAAACCCAAACUCUUUGAAAUGAGCAUCUAGACCUUUUUUGAGAGCACAAAGUGUAGGAGAAGAUGAAUAACAUAACAGACUGUAUUUCACAACAAAAUCAGUCUUAAAGACUGUUCAUAUUUGCUGGAAAUUCACUAUGUGCUUUUCCCCUUUUCAGCAUCUCAGUCAAAUAAAGUCACGCAUGUUCUCAGCCCUCAGUGGAGGAGUUCAGUGGGGAGCGUACAUUUCUACAUUUCUGGGAGGGGUUUAUUGUCUGCAUGUAUGAACGGAAUCAAACUAGCCUUAUAAGCCUAACCUACGCUGAUGUCUCUGGAUGCCUGAUGUCUUUGCUUACAAUUUACUUUUAGAAUAAUGUCAGAUGUAAAUGCACACGGAAAUAUCUUAAAAAUACACUUUCACUUUUCCAAACUCUUUUUUCAACUUGGCAAGUUUGUGCAUAUUCUUGACUUGAGAGAAGGCUAGGGGA